UGCACCUGUAUAUGAUCAUCUGUGGAGUAUGUCACCUGUCGGCAGGGAUCCAGUCGGCCGCAGUGAAACAGGAUACUGGGGUUAUAUCUGCCAAUGUUGGGGACAAUGUGACUUUACAUUGUUUCUACAAUACCCAAGUGGCAAUGCACUUCUCCUGGUAUCGACAAACCUUAGGAGGCGGACCUGAGCUCCUGUCUAAUUUUUACAAGUAUGAUAACCCAUCCAAAGUCUUCCCCGGGUUGGAGAAGAACCCUCGUUUCUCUGUGCAAAGGAAGGAAGGGAUGAAUCAUUUAAACAUCUCUGACGUCCAUUUAUCAGAUUCAGCCACAUACUUCUGUGGAAGCACUCACUCCAACACGGCAGAAUUUGGAGAGGGGAUCUUUCUAAGCAUCAAAGGAGCCAGCCUCAAAGAAAUAGUCCAGUGGCCAGUAUCUGAGACCAUCAAGCCAGGAGGCACUGUGGCUUUCAAAUGUACCGUACACUCUGGGACCUGUGAUGGAGAACACAGUGCUUACUGGUUCCGACACGGAUCUGGCCAAGGUGUCCUUCACACACUCAGGGAUCAGUGUAAACACGUCUCCACACCACCAGGAUCUCCUUCUCAGAGUUGCGUCUACCAUUGGCAGAAGAAGAACCUGAGCUCCUCAGAUGCUGGAACCUACUACUGUGCUGUGGCCUCCUGUGGGGAGGUGCUGUUUGGUAAUGGAAGCAAGCUUAACUUUGACAAAGCUACUGUUCGACCUCUCGUGGUCGGGGUGAGUCACCCUUUUGAGGACAUCCUGUUUGAAACCACCAGCAUCCAAACACAAGGAGAGCACAGGGUCUUCAAUAGGCACCAGACUCUUCCAAUGUAUAGAGAGUUCUCCACUGACGACCACAAGAUUGCUAUGAAAAGAUACUGA